CUAAAAGACAAUCUUCAAGCAUCUCCAACUGUCUGUUCUCGGCAGCAUCUCAUCUCGAGAAUAAGCUUUUACUGUAUACCUGGCCGGCUGGCUUAUCGAUAAGUCAGCAGGGAUAGAAAGUACCCCCACAGGCUAGGGAUGCGCUCCCUGUCUUUCACACCGGCCCUCGCCGCGUCUGCUCUCGCUCACAACCUCCCACAGCUCAACAUCCAGAAGCGAGACAGGCACAAUGGAGGUGCAACAAACCUCUAUAGGCGUAGCGUCGCAGGCCAUGUGGAGAAAAGACAAGAUGGGACUGUCAGCACCAACAUCUUCGACGUCCUGAGUUGGUCGAACGGCGGAGCAUACUACGCAAACAUCACCGUGGGAACACCACCUCAAGAGCAGACGGUCAUUCUCGAUACUGGAUCAUCAGAUCUCUACUUUGAUGCCAGUAGCGCGCAAACCUGUCAGACGACCGGUGCGACUGCCUGCAAAGGUGGCACCUUUGAUCCAUCCAAGUCGAAAAGCUACAAAGAGAUUGCUGCAUCACCUGCUUUCAAUACAUCCUUUGGUGAUGGCAGUUCUGCGACUGGACCAUAUGGUAACGACAUGGUUGGGAUCGGAGAUGUCGUGAUAAACCCAGUGCAAUUUGGUGUUGCGUCUGAAGUGACUUCUACAACUGGAUUUUCCAUCGGCUUGAUGGGGGUUGGAUACAGCUCGAAUGAAGCCGUGCAGAGCGUGUCAGACUUCUACCCGAACAUGCCGGAGGUGCUCAAGAACGCCGGCGUUAUCGCCUCGCGCUUAUUCUCGGUGUUUCUCAACGAUGCAGAAGCCGACUCAGGUACCAUCCUCUUUGGCGGUAUCGACAAGUCGAAGUUCACGGGUGAAAUGGCUACCGUAGACCUUCUGCCAGCCUACUACCAGGGACAAUUGGUAGAAUACGUGAACCAAUUCAUCACCACCGUUACUGCCGCCAAUGCGACUGUCGGCGGACAAACAACUAGUCUCUGGAGUGAUGGCACUGAUGGUAUCGGCGCCUAUGGCAACCGUGAUACAGCUCUGGCUGUACUUCUGGACACCGGCAGCACUGCUUGGACCAUUCCUGAGGAAUAUUACAGCCAAUACAUCGAUCCGGUCUUCACGUACGUCGACCGCAAUGGUUUGACUGAUUGCAGGAAUGCAAACUCUGGCGAUUCCCUCUCCCUCGAAUUCGCAGGAAAGAUUACCAUCAAUAUCGAUGCACGACAAUUCAUCGUCCCACUGGUCAAUGGUACUACUAGGGAGCCUGUGAUCUACGACAAUCACGGCCAUGAGGCCUGUCUUUUCUUGCUUCAGCCAACUCAGGGCAAUGAUGGCAUGGGCUUUGAGACAAUUGGCGAUGCGAUUCUGAGAAGUAUGUAUGUCGUCUUUGAUCUCGACAACGGACAGGCUUCCAUUGCGCAGGCUGCCGUAAACAGCACUGCUAAGCCAGACAUCGUUGUUGUUGAAGCUGGCGAGAACGGCGUCGCAAAGGCUCUUGGCUCGGGCGUGGCUUCUGCUGCUCCUAACAGCUAUACGAUCGCUCCUCAGGUCUCAGUUACUGCCAGUCCCAAGGCUAGCACAGCUGCAACGCCUAUCGGAACUGCUACUGGUGAAGCUGCUAUUCCGGAGGAUGCCCAGGUUGAGGAGUCUGGAAGCCCAUCUCGUGGAGACUCCUCAUCGAGCUCUGGCGUCGCCAGUGGUGUGGUAAUUCCUCGUUUCGACAUGUCCUACUUUGCGAUUGCAUUUACUUGGCUGAUGGGCAUUGCUAUUGGCGCAGGCCUAAUGUUGUAAAUAUCAUAACGACAGAAUAUAUAGAGUAACAGGAAACACAUAUCCAGGUCU